UCUAGUGGACGGUUCUUCAUAAACAGCUCGUCAACCACCUCGGUAGCUUGCUAGCCAACAUAGCCGAAAGAUUCAAGCUAUUUAUACGCUUUCGGUGUAUAUUACCGACUGUGUUUUCGACACACUUAGGUCGUAUCUACUUGUUAACCUAUUUAAUUUAAUAUUACGUUAUUUUGUAUUAGUCAGCUAUAGUAGCUGGUUGGUUAAGUUAGCACUAGCCUAGUCGCUAAUGAUAGCUAGCUAGCUAACAUCCCCGAACAUGAGCUCCCUAAACUUCUCCCCUCUUGUUAAAGAAGAGGUCUGCUGGACGGAGAAAGAAGCUCUGGGGCUGAACAUUGUCGUGAAAGAGGAGAAGGAAGAAGAGGAUGUCACAGUAAAACAAGAAGUAGAAGGUGAGGCUGUUACAGUGAAAGAAGAAGAGAAAGACGUUACAGUGAAAGAAGAGGAAGACGUUACAGUAAAAGAAGAGGACGAGGAAGAGAAAGAGGUGGAUGUAGUUUAUGGAGUGAAGAAGGAAGGGGAGAUUACUGUCACAUUGAAAGAUGAAGAGGAGAUAGGAGAUCUGAUUAAAACCAGAGAGAUACGGGACUAUCGUGGAUCCUCUGGGGAGCCUCAACAACCUCAUGAUGCUGACGAGGCAGAGAAGAGUCUCUCCAGAUCAGAACGCCUCAAUAAACACCUGCAGAGAUCCACAGGGAAGAGAACUCACUGCUGCUCUGACUGUGGGAAGAGAUUCACCUCAUCAGGCAUUAAAAUUCAUCAAAGGAUCCACACAGGAGAGAAAUCUUAUAGCUGUGAUCAAUGUGGGAAGAGUUUUUGUCAAUCUAGUGAUCUGACGGUGCACCAGAGAACACACACAGGAGAGAAACCAUAUAGCUGUGAUCAAUGUGGGAAGAGUUUUUCUUCUUCUGGCUAUCUAACUAUACACCAUAGAACACACACGGGAGAGAAACCUUAUAGCUGUGGUCAAUGUGGGAAGAGAUUCACCUCAUCAGUAAAACUUAAAAUACAUCAAAGACAUCACACAAGAGAGAAACCAUAUGGCUGUGCACAAUGUGGGAAGAGUUUUUGUCAAUCUAGUGAUCUGACGGUGCACCAGAGAACACACACAGGAGAGAAACCUUAUAGCUGUGAUCAAUGUGGGAAGAGUUUUGUUCGAUCUGACCAGCUCACAGUGCACCAGAGAAUACACACAGGAGAGAAACCUUAUAGCUGUGGUCAAUGUGGGAAGCGUUUUCGUCAAUCUGGAGAUCUGACAGUGCACCAGAGAAUACACACAGGAGAGAAACAGUUUAGCUGUGAUCAAUGUGGGAAGAGUUUUGUUCGAUCUGGCCAUCUAACAGUGCACCAGAGAACACACACAGGAGAGAAACCUCUUAGCUGUGACCAGAGAUAAUCUGAUAAUAGAUCUCUGAUCAAAUAUCAGAAAAUGUAUAUAUGAAGGAGUUGUUUCAUGAUAUCAAUGAAUUAAUGUCACAAUGUAGAAUGUUUUAACAUUGUAGUUGGAGUAUUUUAAUGUCUCAAUGUAGAAUGUUUUAAUAUAUAGGAUAUUAAUAUACUCUGCAGUCAGUCAGUCAGAAUGUCACAAUGUAGAACCCUAAACGUUUGCCCCCUUAUCAAUUGGUUUCAACAUGAUAUGGAUAUUAGGCUCAUUGGGGGAAAUCCAGGCUCUGAAUUGAAAGAGUACUAUUUAUGUGAUUCAACACAAAGUGACUAACAAAAAAAGAGUUGUCCUCUAACCAGUGAUGUACACAUUAUUUCCAGAAUCAACUGAUUUCAACAUGGUAUCGAUGAGUUAUGACAAAUAAGUGUUGUGUUCCUUUGUUUAGCGACCCCUAAAUUUAAAUGCAUCACUCCAAUAUGUAGCUGACUGUCUUCUGCAGGUUGUCCUCUAACCAGUGAGGUAAAAUAUAUCUCCCAUUUCCAUGUUUUUUUGUUGUUGUUAGUUUCAACAGCACCUACAACCUGAUUUCCCCCUUAAUCGAUAUCAGUGAUUUAUUGCUACUUGUCAAAACAACAGUGUUUUUGGUGCUUGUGCAGUUUAUAAGGAGCUUGUUUUAAAAAAGACAAUUAUUGUGGCUUAUGUUUGUGUAUAUACCACAUGUUAGGUUUUCAAUUUAUCCCAAACUGUUUCUGCAUAUUGGUUAUUGAUUUGGACACUUUAAAACUGUGUUUUGACAUUGGGCUAUCCCACCUAGCAAAAUGUAAUUGAAAAGACGUUGAAAAUAAUACUAUGCAAUCAAAUAUUUCAUAUUUACAUUUCAUGAAACAUUUAGUAAUGAAAAUUAUUCAGCACAACAUGACAACAACAUGGCAACAACAUGGUAGCAGCACAACAUGACAACAACAUGACAACAACAUGGUAGCAGCACAACAUGACAACAACAUGGUAGCAGAACAACAUGACAACAACAUGACAACAACAUGACAACAACAUGGUAUCAACACAACAUGACAACAACAUGGUAGCAGCACAACAUGACAACAACAUGGUAGCAGCACAACAUGACAACAACAUGACAACAACAUGGUAGCAGCACAACAUGACAACAACAUGGUAGCAGCACAACAUGACAACAACAUGGCAACAACAUGGUAGCAGCACAACAUGACAACAACAUGGCAACAACAUGGUAGCAGCACAACAUGACAACAACAUGACAACAACAUGGUAGCAGCACAACAUGACAACAACAUGGUAGCAGAACAACAUGACAACAACAUGACAACAACAUGACAACAACAUGGUAUCAACACAACAUGACAACAACAUGGUAGCAGCACAACAUGACAACAACAUGGUAGCAGAACAACAUGACAACAACAUGACAACAACAUGGUAGCAGCACAACAUGACAACAACAUGGUAGCAGCACAACAUGACAACAACAUGGUAGCAGCACAACAUGACAACAACAUGGUAGCAACACAACAUGACAACAACAUGACAACAACAUGGUAGCAGCACAACAUGACAACAACAUGGUAGCAGCACAACAUGACAACAACAUGACAACAACAUGGUAGCAGCACAACAUGACAGCAACAUGGUAGCAACACAACAUGACAACAUGGUAGCAGCACAACAUGACAACAACAUGACAACAACAUGACAACAACAUGGUAGCAGCACAACAUGACAACAACAUGGUAGAAGCACAACAUGACAACAACAUGGUAGCAACACAACAUGACAACAACAUGGCAACAACAUGGUAGCAGCACAACAUGACAACAACAUGGUAGCAGCACAACAUGACAACAACAUGGUAGAAGCACAACAUGACAACAACAUGGUAGCAACACAACAUGACAACAUGGUAGCAGCACAACAUGACAACAACAUGACAACAACAUGGUAGCAGCACAACAUGACAACAACAUGGCAACAUCACAACAUGGUAGCAGGACAACAUGACAACAACAUGACAACAACAUGGCAGCAGCACAACAUGACAACAACAUGACAACAACAUGGUAGCAGCACAACAUGACAACAACAUGGUAGCAGCACAACAUGAGAACAACAUGGUAGCAGCACAACAUGACAACAACAUGACAACAACAUGGUAGCAGCACAACAUGACAACAACAUGGUAGCAGCACAACAUGACAACAACAUAGUAGUAACACAACAUGACAACAACAUGACAACAACAUGACAACAACAUGACAACAACAUGGUAGCAGCACAACAUGACAACAUGGUAGCAGCACAAAGCAUUGUACAAACAUUAUUGGCCACAGACAACAGCACAAAGAGGAAGAAGGUAGAGACAACUAUACAUCAGGCAAAGCAGCCACAACUGACAACUGACAUUAUAUUGUCAGGAUUGGAGUUACAUUUUUUUUUUUUUUGUUUUUUCUUCAUUAUUUAUUUAUCCUUUAUUUAACCAGGUAGGCAAAUUGAGAACACGUUCUCAUUUACAAUUGCGACCUGGCCAAGAUAAAGCAAAGCAGUUCGACACAUACAACAACACAUAGUUACACAUGGAGUAAAAACAAACAUAUAGUCAAUAAUACAGUGAAAAAAAUACAAAAAAUAAGUCUAUAUACAAUGUGAGCAAGUGAGGUGAGAUAAGGGAGGUGAAGGCAAACAGAUAUGUAUAAAUAAAUAAAAAUAUAACUUGGAUAAUAAAAUAAAUAAAAGAUAUGUGAAGAAAAGGUGUAAAUAUAUAUAUAUACAGGACACGACACGACAACACGGAAAAAUACGUCUGAACUGCUAAGCCACCUUGGUAUUAACUAGGUAUUAAUUUAUUAAAAUGUUAUUAAUUAAGCAGACUCAUAUCAAACCAACAACCCUGGCGUUGCGUGCGCCAUGCUUUACCAACUGAGCUACACGGAACUAUUAUAUCAUUAUAUAUUCAUAAUGUACAUAUUCACAUGUAGCUACAGGUCUGCAUAGACGAAAGUAUUGGCUGUAAGAAGUCAGACAAAACAUAUUUGCUCAUCUUUAAAUUAAUAAACAAUGUAGCGAAUAUUUUUUCUAAACUGCGUUACUCAUUCCAGUCAGCUGACGGCGAUAUGCGUCUUCAGAUGGUGACGUCAUAUCUAGUGGACCACACGACACCGGAAGCUGUUUCAACAACACGGAUGCUGACUCAUUCAACCAUCUCCGUAGCCUGGUAGCCAACAUACAACCGAAAACAUUGAAGCUCUUUGGACCAUUAUUGAUCUCGGUGUUUUUAACACAAUCCUCUUUACGUAUCUACUAUUUAACUUAAGCGUAACUUGUUUGCUCAAUUUACACAUUUGUUGAUUAUACUGAACCUAAGCUAAUCGUCAAUGCUAGCUAGCCCACCAUGAGCUCUCCAAGCUACUCUCCUCCU